AUGAAGUCUUCGUCUGCAUACAGGCACGCAGAGAAGCACCACCGGGGUGGCGCUGUUGCUUCUGGGCUGCCUGCAUCGCCCGACCCGGCGAUCGGCGUCCCUGCAGCAGCUGCGCUGCGGCCGCCGGCCUCCCAGCCUGGCCGCCCAGCACCGGACGCCGACAGCAGUGCAGGCGACACGAGCGGCAGCGAAGCGGACGAAGAGGACAAUGGUGACGGUUUGGACGGCGGCGAGCCCGGCGGCGGCUGGUAUGAUGACGGUCCUCCUCUGCCGGCGGCGUCGCCGCCGCCGCGCCCCAUGACAGUGUCGCCGUGCGGCGACGCACCACCAGGCCGGCGCUCGCGGCAGCGCAUCCCAUCCCUGCCACCG